AUGAUCGCGGAAAGACGCCAAAACGCGGAGAGCAGUCUUGAUAGAUUCAUAGAUCUGAUCUCAGAUCCUUUUCAGUCUCAGGUUCAAGAGACCUCUAUCUACGCCGCCGUCGUGUAUUCCUUUGUCGUAUCAGGCUUGUUAGUCCUCACAUUUUGCUUCCUCCGACCGCGCAACUCGAGAGUAUACGCCCCACGAGCCAAACAUGCAGAUGAGAAACACCGGCCGUUACCGCUGGGCAACAAGCCAUUAAGUUGGCUCUCUGCCGUCCGGAAUGUCCGGGAACAAGACUUGGUGGAUAAAAUCGGGCUGGAUGCCAUCAUCUUUCUGAGGUUCAUGCGUAUGAUUCGAAAUAUAUUUUUCGUAUUGACCGUUGUCGGCUGCCUGAUCCUGAUCCCCGUCAAUGUCGUUGGAGGGUCGCCCUUCUACAAGCAGUGGAGUUCAAUUUCAACAUUGAUGAAAUUCACACCACAGUAUAUUUUCGGAAGGAAAUUCUGGGCAUACGUUGCUUUCGCAUACAUGAUCCAGGGCACCGUGUGCUUCUUUCUAUGGAGGAAUUAUAGUGCUGUUCUGAAGCUCCGACGUGCAUACUUCGACACCGAGGAGUACAAGUCUAGUUUACACGCCAGGACACUUUUGCUCACACACGUUCCACAAUCAUAUCGAACCGACGCCGGACUUGUGAAACUCAUCGAACAAGCAAAACCGAUUGAUAACGCUCCUCGGGCAGUCAUAGGCCGGAACGUAAAGGAAUUACCAAAAUUGAUCGAAGACCAUGACCAGACGGUUCGCGACCUCGAGAAACAUCUCGCUAAAUACCUCUCCAAUCCGAACAGACUACCCGCGAGACGGCCGACUUGCAAACCAGCGAAAGAUGACCAGGGAAUUCAUGGCAAGGGCGAAGUGGACGCAAUCGACUAUCUUACCGAGCGCAUCACAAGAUUGGAAACAACAAUCAAGGAGGUGAGAGAAACUGUGGAUAUGCGGAAUCCUAUGCCUUAUGGAUUCGCAUCCUACGAACACAUCGAAGACGCCCACGCAGUCGCUUUCACUGCCAGGAAAAAAGGUCCUGAAGGAUGCGAUGUCUAUCUUGCCCCAAAACCACACGAUUUACUCUGGCAAAAUCUUGCCAUGUCACGAAGGACCCGAACGAUGCGCGCAUUUUGGGAUGGCCUGUGGAUCGUAAUAUUUACGGUCGCUUUUAUUAUACCCAACAUGCUCACAUCGGUUUUCUUGUCCGACUUUUCACAUCUGGGGCUGGUUUGGCCUACUUUUCAAGCAAAUCUCUCUGCUCAUCCGACAAGCUGGGCCAUCGCUCAAGGUAUUCUGGCACCGCUGGUACAAACUCUCAUGUAUAUGGGAGUCCCCGUAGUCUUUCGUCGCCUGUUCACGCACUCUGGCGAUGUUUCAAAAACAUCUCGAGAACGCCAUGUAACGGCCCGGCUAUACUCGUUUUUCGUUUUCAACAACCUCCUCGUUUUCUCAGUCUUCGGGUCAACUUGGCGCUUCGUGGCAGCAGUCAUCGCAGCUAAAGAUCAAGGGGUAUGGGAUGCUAUACGAGAUAACCAUCUCUUCACGAAGAUCAUGUCGGGGCUGUGUAACGUGUCCACAUUUUGGCUCACUUGGCAGAUGCAACGCAAUCUCGGUGCGGCGAUCGAUCUUUCACAAGCAUGGGUGUUACUCUGGAGCUGGAUCCAGCGCAAGUGCUUCUCGCCAACCCCACGAGAACUCAUCGAGCUCAGUGCACCGCAGCCAUUUCCCUAUGCUGAAUACUACAACAACUAUCUCUUUGUGACUACCGUCGGUCUGUGCAUGGGGGCACUCCAACCGGUCAUAUUUCCAGUUACGGCAUUCUACCUUGCCAUGGACUGCGUAUUCAAGAAGUACCUACUUCAAUAUGUCUUCAUUACCAAGACCGAGUCCGGAGGCAGAUUCUGGCGUCUUCUAGUCAACCGCACGCUCUUCGCCGUAGCUCUCGCCAACGCCGUGAUCGCCUUGGUGGUUGGCGCCAACGGAAUAGGGUCGAUCGAUCUUAACUCUCUUCAGGCGGGCACGGGCAACAUGCUCUUCGCCAUGGUGCCUCUUCCAUUUUUCCUACUUGGCUUCAAGUGGUAUUGCAAACGAAGCUUUGAUGAAAAGCUGUCGUAUUUCUCUACACGGCCCUUCUCGGAUGCCGAAGCCGCACAUGCCACUGAUGAUCGCAAGCAAAGAAAGACAAGUAGACUCUUGACUCGUUUUGGUCAUCCGGCGCUUUACAAGAAGCUACUGACGCCCAUGGUGCAUGCUAAAUCACAGCACUUGCUCAAAGAAGUAUACAGCAAUCGCUCCGGCACAGGCCGCGACAUCUUUGAUACGGCGCAACGUCACUCAAUGGACCGCGCCAUGCCCGCUACACCUGGCUACGAGCGCUUUGGCGAUUUUGUCAUGACAGAGAUGGACUCGGAGGAGCCAGGCAAACAGACCACCAACGCCGAUAUCCCCCACGUAGAAAUCGUGGCAGAAUCCGAACUCGACUUUGAAAACUUCAAGAAGCGCGCUGAGUUCCGCGAUGCAUUCGGUGGCGACGGCGAGCUAUAUGGAAGGCCCGAAGACGCCUCGCGCCCGGGCACCCCUUCGACAUUUACUACAUUUACGGAAUGGGGCCCUUAUGGCCGGCAUCGGGGUUCUGCACCCGCAUCGCCGUCAUCAAGUCGCCCGUCAUCAAGUCGCACGCGUCUUGGUGAUGGCGGUGAUUUCGAGCAGGGGACGUCGUAUGCUAAGGGGUACCAGCGGCCACCGCGGCCGGUAGAAGAGGGCUAUGACUAUGAAGAUCUAGGUGAUGAUGCUGACGCAAUGCUGCAUGGUGUGCACAGCCGUCAGCCUCUUGUUGGCACCACUGAGAACAGACACAGCAAUGACAACAACGCCCCAGGUCAUCAUGGUCUUGGUACUGCUCCUGUUGCUGCGCGUGAAGAUACAAGUUAUGAGCGCUUUAGACACACACGGUAG